UCUCCUCUCCUCUCCUCUCCUCUCCUUGGUCCCUGUCCCCCUCCCAGGUGGAGGAGACCCAGUACGCCGUGGACCAGAACCAGCUGAAGGAGUAUUUCCCGAUGGAGGUGGUGACCCAGGGUCUGCUGGACAUCUACCAGGACCUGCUGGGUCUGUCCUUCGAGCUGGAGGACGGCGCCCCCGUGUGGCACCCCGACGUCACGCUGUACGGCGUCAAGGACCGCGGCAGCGGCCAGGUGGUGGGGCAGUUCUACCUGGACCUGCACCCCAGGGAGGGUAAGUACGGGCAUGCGGCGUGCUUCGGGUUGCAGCCCGGCUGCCUCCUGCCUGACGGCCGGCGCCAGAUGUCGGUGGCGGCCAUGGUGGCCAACUUCAGCAGGCCGGCGGAGGCCCCGGCGCUGCUGCAGCACGACGAGGUGGAGACCUACUUCCACGAGUUCGGACACGUCAUGCACCAGCUCUGCGCCCAGGCGGACUACGCCAUGUUCAGCGGGACCCACGUGGAGCGGGACUUCGUGGAGGCUCCGUCCCAGAUGCUGGAGAACUGGGUCUGGGAGCGGGAGCCUCUGCAGAGGAUGUCCAAACACUACAAGACCGGGACCCCGAUCCCAGACCAGCUGCUCGACAAGCUCAUCAAGUCCCGGCUCGCCAACACCGGUCUCUUUAACCUGAGGCAGAUCGUUCUGGCUAAGGUGGAUCAGGCUCUGCACACCAGGACGGGACUGGACGCCGCCGAGGAGUACGGACGUCUCUGCGAGGACAUCCUGGGGAUCCCUGCGUCUCCAGGGACCAACAUGCCGGCGACCUUCGGGCACCUGGCGGGAGGCUACGACGCCCAGUACUACGGCUACCUGUGGAGCGAGGUCUUCUCCAUGGACAUGUUCUUCGCUCGCUUCAAACAAGAAGGAAUCAUGAACCCUAAGGUGGGUCUGGACUACAGGAAGUUCAUCCUGCGUCCCGGCGGCUCGGAGGACGCGUCUGAGAUGCUGAGGAAGUUCCUGGGCCGGGAGCCCCAGCAGGAGGCCUUCCUCCUGAGUAAAGGCCUGACGCUGGAGCAGGACGCCCGCACGCCCUGUCCCUGCUGACCAAUCACAGCGCCCGGCUCCUCCAAUCACAGCGCCCGGCUCCACCAAUCACAGCGGACUGGUUUUCUACAAAAACUGUAAAAUGUCAACGGGGGAAAAAGGAGCAGAAAUAAAAUGAUUUGACGUG